AUGAUCAUGAGCUGGUUUUCAUUGACAGUUGCCGUCUCGAUUCUGAGCUAUAUUGUCACUUUGGGUUUCGGCAAGCAUCAGUCCACCAUCGACCAUGAAGACCUCAAAAAGAUCAACCUCAACACAAUAUUGGUCGCAGCCUUUGGCAUCAUAUCGACAUGCGUCAGCAAAACCUCAUUCGCGCUUACUCUGUACCGAAUCAUUAUCAACAAGUGGAUGCGUUGGUUUCUUCUCUUUGUUAUUAUUACCAUCAACGUAUCAAUGAACCUUGUUUGGAUUUUUGGAUUCGCGAAAUGUACUCCCGUACAAAAGGUUUGGGACAGCAGUGUCGAGGGCAAAUGCUGGGAUAAGCAGGCCCUGUUGAAAUACCAGCUUUUUGCUGCUUACUACUCGUCCAUCUUGGAUUUUGUGUUGGCGUUCCUCCCAUGGAGGAUUCUCAUGUCCAUGUCAAUGCUUCUUCGAGAGAAGAUUGGAGUGGCUGUAGCAAUGAGCUUGGGUGCCAUCGCCGGUAUUUGCGGAAUUGUCAAGGCAGUCAUGGUGGUCAGCAUGACCAGUACAGAUAUUACCUACGAUCGUGUCGACCUCACAAUCUGGACCCUUACCGAACCUGCCGUCACUAUUAUGGCAGCCUGUAUUCCAGUGUUGCGAAUGCUCUAUCGCGAACUCAAAUCCAGUCACCGCAGCUAUAUGCAACAACGAUCCACCGGAAAUCGAUAUCACAAUGGCACCGAUGUCACGAAUGCAGACAAGUCGAAGCGAAGCACAAAAUAUCGACACGAUGGCUACGGCCGAAACUCGGUACUCAUCAUGUCAACAAACGGAUGGCAGGAAUCACAAGAAGCUCUACAGGAUCUGCCGUCAAGCCACGGCGAGAGACCUCCCAAGCCGGCAGGUAUAGUCAAGACGGCAGAAAUCAACAUCACGAGUCAUCGCGUGAGCAAGGUAACCGACGAAGAUUCAUUUGAGCUGGCAUCCAUGGAAUCAGCCUACACAAAAUCAAGCGGACGUAAUGCCGAAGUUCCCGAGGCUGGUUUUUACACUGCGCAUUAG